AUGAAACUAGAAGAUGCAGUGAAAGCAUCAUCACAACUACAGAGAAAUGAAUCAGUAACGUCAUCAAGUGCUGGAGAUAUCAAUGAAAUACCGAAAACGAAUGGAUCAUCUCAUCCGAUUGUUCGACGGAAAAGUGGAAUGAUUGGCAAGAAAUUUCCGUCGUUACAGGUGUCUCACUAUCCCGUCUUGCUGCUCUCAAACUCAUCGGACACCACGACGAAUCCACAUCCAAGUGUCACUUGGCGGACUAGCCAACAAGCUGAAACUGAGCCGAAACCAUCGGAAUUGGACGAGGCACCGCCGAAAAUCCGUAAAUCGAGCAGUGGACUACGGCAGUGUUCCGUAUCGGCACGAAGCUCACUGGAUUUCCGAGACCGUCCCCGAUUCGUCCGUACUUCCACGACAACAUCCACAUUGUCACCGACUUCUGAAAAACCGCCGAUGCCGAUUGGUGAGUUUUUUGUUAUUUUUAGCCUUCUGACAGGAAGAUCUGUCUAUCAGAAAGAUCUUUCAUCUUUGAUGUCAUGA